UGGAUUCCCGGCAGCAGCAUCAUCAUCAUUAGCUUUGGCACCACCAUGAGGCUGUACGUCUGCGUAGUCAUCGCCCUGCUGGCCCUCGUGGCCCCCUCGAAUGCCCUGUUGGGCGCCAAGUUGGCCCUGCUCAAGGCCAUUACCAGUGGCGGCGGCCUGGGCGGUGGCUCAUCCGGCGGUGGUGGUUAUGGAGGCGGUGGCUACGGUAGCGGAGGCUACUCCGGUGGCUAUAACCAAGGAUAUUACAGUCAGCCCAGCCGUCCAGUCUACAGCUCCGGCUAUGGCAGCUCCUCGGCCUCGUCUGCAUCUUCAGCAUCGUCCUAUGGCGGGGGUUAUGGAGGUGGUUAUAGCGGCGGUUAUGGCGGCGGCUAUGGCGGCGGCGAGCAGGUGAUCAAGGUCAUCAAGGUAGUGGAGCAGCCCACGUACAACUAUGGACGCUCGUCGGGCGGCUAUGGUGGCAACUAUGGCGGCAGCUACGGCGGUGGUUACUCCUCCUCGAGUGCCUCCUCCAGUGCCAGUGCCUCCAGCUACUCUGCCCCAGCUCCCGCUGUGAGCUAUUCCGCCCCAGCUCCUGCUCCUGCUGUCACAUACUCCGCCCCAGCUCCUGCUCCCGCUGUUACCUACUCCGCUCCAGCUCCCGCUGUUACCUACUCCGCUCCUGCUCCUGCUGUGACCUACUCCGCUCCUGCACCAGCUCCUGCUCCAGUCACCUACUCGGUGCCAGCUCCCCAGCCUCAGGUGGUGCGUGUUCAGGCUGCUCCGGCUGUUACCUACACUGCUCCUGCCCCCGCUCCGGUGAUCCGCUAUGCGGCUCCUGCCCCCGUGGCGCCUGCACCCAUUUCGUACGCCCCCGUGGCCCCCGCACCCAUCUCCUAUGCCCCGCAGCCGCAGAGCCAGCAGGUGGUGAAGACCAUCAAGCUGAUCGUGGACGAGGAUGUGGCUAGCCAUGCACCCGCGCAGGUUUAUGGGCCUCCAGCUGUGGGCUCAAGCUACUCCAGUGCCGCUGCCUCCUCCUCCGCCUCCGCCUCAUCCUCCAGCGGUGGAUACGAAGGUGGCUACAAUGGUGGCUACAAUGGUGGCUACAAUGGAGGCUACAAUGGUGGCUAUAAUGGCGGCUAUAAUGCCGGCUCUAAUGGUGGCUUCUCCGGCUGGAAGCGCGGUGGCAUCUUCGAGAAGCUGGUGGGCUGCUAGGGCUUCGUGAUGAACCCUCAACCAGAAGUCUAACCUAACCUAAUCCAAACCUAACCGUACUCAGCAAUUUUUUUUCUAGUUCUAAAUCGAAUAAUUGUAUUUUUUUGUUGUGUAAAGAAACCGAAACGAUCGAAUGUGUAUAUACAAAAAUAAAUCAACAUAA